AUGACGACGGAGCUCGAAGCCAACAUCCAGCAGGCGCUGCCGAACGCGCUCAAGAUGGCGCUGUACGCGUCCAAGAAGCAGCAGCUCGAGCUGCGCAAGUACACGAUCGAAGGCAUUGAGUCGCUGUGCAACAACGCUAGGUUUGUCAAGGAACUGGACGAUCAGGAGCUUCUGCAGCAGCUGGACGGGACAGCCAAAGAGUUUGCCGUACUAGAGACGCAGUUGACGCGGUACAGAACGGAGCUGGAGAAGCUGGACCCUCUUGUCAAGAGUGGAUCAAUCGACAAGAAGAAGAUGGACAAGAUGCUCAAGGACUUGUUGGCGAAGCCGAAGAUCAAUGCAACGAAGCACGACUUUUACAAGAAAUUCUGCGACAGUGCGGGGAUUGAGCUGGCGAUGGACGAAAACGACGACAUGUCGAUCCAGGAGAGUGAGAGUAGAAGGAGCACCAUCUGCCCCGUGACUCAGGGCGAGAUAGAGAAUCCACUACGAAACCCGAGUUGCGGCCACACGUACUCGAAGAAAGGCAUUCAAAGCCACUUGCAACGCAGCAAGAAAUGCCCUGUUGCAGGCUGCCCACAGAACCUAACGCUCAACAGUUUGGAACGCGACGUCGAGAUGGAGGUCAUACUCGCACGCAGUCAUUCCGUAUCAGAGCACCAACGAUCACAAGAAUUUGCCGCGGUGGAUCAUGACGAAGAUGACGAAGAAGAGUAUCUCGUUGAGUAG